AUGGCUACCGUAGCCGAAGCGGCCGCGGCGGCGCCCGAGCCUCUGGGAAGGCUGGAUCAGACACUGCUCAUCUUCGCAGGUCUUAUGGAAGGUGGAAAGGAGGACGAAGAGACUGUCAGAGAACUCGGCGAACUAACACGACUUCUUAACGAUGACGUCGAGGUUACCAAGAAGGGCGAGACAUCUGUCACGACUGUGAUUGAUAGCGACUGUGUCGAUACCAUACUAUGUUACCUCGACAUGAGACAGCCCGACGUUGUACGCGCCCACGCCGCACUAUGUACCUCUGCAUACCUCAAAGCUGCCGGCGAGGAUGGCGGCAAGAAAUUGGCCGAGUUUUUCCAUGACCGAGUCCGACGGGGGACCUACGAUGACUACAUUGUUGCCUUCUGCGUCGCUGCCACCAUCUUCCCUAUUGUACCCGAUCUCACAUCCGAGCUGUUCCUGAGUGAAGGUUUUCUUGCCAGUCUAGGCCCGCUUAUGAGGCGGAAAUGGAAAAGCAGAAAGGUCGAGACGGCGUGCUUGGAGAUGUUGAAUGCCGCCUGCAUGAACUCGGCUUGCCGAGAGGCUGUCCAAAAGUACUGCACAGAGUGGCUUGAGGAGAUCGUCGAGCAGGAUCCCGACGACGCCGUCAAGUCCAUGCAUACGGUCGACCCUGACAUGCACCUCCAGGAGGGAUCUAUUUCUAUGAGACGACACUCUCUGCAAGUCCAGAACCUCGCAGCAGUGGUACUGGCGAAACUGAGGGCAGUUCCAUCUACCGCAGCCACCGCCGGCCCGGAAGCCAGGAUACAACCGGCGACGACUAGCAUCGAGGACUUAUCUAAGCGGUUCACCAGGAUGCUGCUAGACGAAGAUGAAAUCGAGCAUGUCCAGCCGUCGAUCGAGGGCUUAGCCUACGCGUCUCUCCAACCCAAGGUGAAGGAAAGUUUGUCCAAAGACUCCAAGACACUGAAACGUCUUGUCAAGGCUCUCGAUGAAGCCCCUCCCAGGUCCCCGAUGAUUUACGGCGCGCUCAGCAUUUUUACCAAUCUGACCAGAUACCGACCCAUCGAAACAGACGAAGAGAAAAGGAUACGGCAGCUCAAGGCGUAUGCCAACGCUGCUGGAAAACUACAGCAGGUUGACCCGCUAAACGAAGACGAGCACGUCACAGAAAGAUGCAAACGCGUUUUCGAGGCUGGGCUUACACCAGUCCUUAUCAAGCAAAGCAAGAGUGGUUCUGCGGCCUCCUUGGCGUUAAUCAUAUCCAUCAUCCACGCCCUUUCCACCCCUCCCCCUCUCCGCGGUCAACUCGCACAGCAGGGGGCUGUCCGUCUCCUCAUCGCCGCAUGGACGGCCCUCCCAGAAACGGAAAACGGACCUAAACGUGCGGCUGCCCAGGCUCUAGCGAGGAUUUUGAUCUCUACCAACCCGGCGCUUGUGUUUGGGGGCACGAGACCGAUCCCGCAGAGCGCGGCUAUCAGACCGUUGGCGUCUAUCCUCACCCCAGACCCCACCGCGGACAGGAGGGACCUCUUGCCUACGUUUGAGUCGCUUAUGGCGCUCACCAACCUCGCCUCUACGGACGAUGACACGAGAAAGUCUAUUAUUCGGACGGCGUGGGAUGAUGUAGAAGAACAACUGUUUAAUCCCAACUCGAGGGUCUGCACGGCAGCGGUGGAGUUGGUGUGCAAUUUGGUUCAGGACCCGGAGCAAACCCUUGCGUUGUUUGGGGAUGGGAGUCCAAAGGCGAAGAAUAGGGUCAAGGUUAUUGUUGCUUUGGCUGAUGCGGAGGACCCCAAGACGAGGAGCGCGGCGGGGGGCGCGCUGGCUAGUUUGACGGGGUUUGACGAGGUGGUGAGGGCGGUUAUGGGGCUGGAGAGGGGGGUGGAGGUUGUGUUGGGGCUUUGUAGGGAUGAGAGGGAGGAUUUGAGGCAUCGGGGGGCGGUGGUGGUGAGGAAUAUGGUUUUUUCUGAGGGGGAGGUGGGGAGGCUGGCGAGGGGGAAGUUGGUGGAGGGGGGGGCGGUGGAGGCGUUGAUGGAGUGUGCUAAGGGGAGUAAGAGGAGGGAGGUGGUGGAGGUCGUGGUGCAGGCUGCUGAGGGGUUGAUGGGGGAGGGGGGAAAGUAA